AUGCCUCGCCGACAAGCUCUAAUCAAGAUUUGCAAGUUUAUUUGGAGGAAGUCUAAAUAUAGGGAAAGCGAAAUCUUGAGGAAAGAAGUCAGCGAUGUCUUUGGUAUCAUCAUUGAUUCAGCUGAAGAUAUACCUAUGAUUCAGACAACCUCAACUGACCGUGCUGAGACUCCUCUAUCGCAUACUGAUCUGUGGUUCAACAGCCGGGAUGUCGCCGCUGGACUCUACAACGAUAUGCAAGAAUUGGAGUUGGCAGGAUUCGGAAGGCUUGACGGAUGGUCGUAUGUUAUACUAAUCCGUUUUAUUAUAUCUCUAUAUUCUGUUAACGCUUGACAACCAACAUAGAGAUAUGUAUGAAACCCAUAAUUUGCGUUGGGGCUUCACAGAUACUUGGACGACUGGCGAUUUAACAGCGCUUGCUCUCACAAUUCAUUCGUGCUCUGCGAUGAAUAAUGAAAUCCUAACGACCGAAUUUAUUGCAAUUUAUAGAAUUGCUUUUAUUGCUUGGAAGAAUGAUGAUAGCGUUCAACAGCAGAUGGAGAAAGAAAUGAUGGAAAAACAAUCACCGCAAUUGUGUACAUCUCGGCCUUCUCCACGAAAAUUACCUGUUAGUUAGAAGUAUAUCUAUAUGAGGUUCAAGUUAACUUUCAAAUGCCAGAUCCGACUUAUCUCUAUUCAUAAUCAAAAUAUCCGAAUCCUAAAUACGAUCUUCACAAAAGAAUAUUUCGAUUCAUUAGAGAAGGAUAGUCCAUCCAGCUCCAGCAAAUUACAUGUCCAUAUCAAAUCGAUCUCAGUAGCUGGAUAUAAUGACGCUGAGCUGAAGGAUCUCGCACAAGAGCUGUUGAAUACAAAAGAACAAGUAGGAUCAUUUGAAGCUAUCCACGUAUUACCUUGAGCAAGUUAAGAUUCAAGACAACCAGAUAUAGGCGCAAUGGGGUUUUGGAGCUAUUCGGGUAUAGGUGGGCUCUGUAAGGCUUAUGCAGAUUGCCUUGGGAUCAUGAUGAAUUCUUGAUACUGUAGGGUAAUAUUUGGAAGAGGGAUUUUCAGUUUUAUUUUGGGAGUGCCUUCACUAUGGUAUAGCUAGCUGACUAUUGAUAUAAAGAAAGGUAGGCUUUGGAGGAAAAUUGCGAUUUAGCAACGAUAAAAAUCAACAAAUGACAAAGAGGGAAGUUAUGUAUAGCAGGGGAGAUAGAACCAUACGAAUUUCGAUUAUUUUUGUAAUC